AUGAUGUUCAGAGAUAUAGUUGCUAUUAAAGGAAUCACAUGGAAUCCUAGACAAGGUUUAUGUGUUGAUAAUGAUGUGGAGACCACACAACCUGGUAUCGAUGAUGUUGUAGGGUCUAUUGAUGAAAACUUUGAGGAUCACAUGGAUGAACCAAUUGGAACUCAAACUCGUAAGAGAGCCACACGGACUUCAAAGAUGCAAGCUCGAGGAAAGAAAGAUAAGAAAUUGAGCACAAGAGAGAAGCUUGGAUCACAAAUUAACAGGUUGCUUACAGUUGUUGAGAGUAGGAGUACUACCAGUGCUGCAUCCAAUGCAACCGGUUUAGUCGGUCCUUAUGAGGACCUCAUAGAGAUAUUGGAUUCCAUACCUGAGAUUGUGGAAGACGAAGACUUAAAGUGCAGAGUGAACCGAAGCCACCGAGCUCGUGGGGCUCAUUCAGUCAUUCUUAUUAUGCGACUCAUGAAUGCUUGGUGCUCUUGCUUGGUCUUCAUCUUCCUACUUCUGGCGAGACACAUAGCGAGCGACAUGGUUCACAAUAUUACUACAUCGAAGCCGCUCUUUCAGAACCAAACUCUCGUCUCCUCAGGCCAAAUCUUUGAGCUUGGGUUCUUCACGCCGAAUGGGUCGGAAAACCAGUAUGUUGGCAUAUGGUACAAGAACUUGAAGCCUUCUAAAACCGUGUGGGUGGCCAAUAGGGAUUCGCCGCUCAUGUCCGCAGAUCGGUCUGCGAAAUUAACGAUAGGCAGUGAUGGGAAUUUGAAGCUCGUGGAUGGACAACAGAACAUAGUUUGGUCCACCAAUGUUUCUGUCCAGUCAAAUAAUACAGCAGCAAUGCUUUCAGAUGGUGGAAAGUUUGUUCUACAAGACAGGAAUUCUACUGAAGUAUGGGCAAGCUUUGAUGAUCCAACUGAUACAAUUCUACCACACAUGAAGAUAGGACUAAACACGAGAACCGGAGAGAGACGGGUUUUAGUUUCCUGGAAAAACAACAACGAUCCAUCAUCUGGAAAUUUCACCACUGGGAUUACGUCGGAGACUCCGCCGCAACUUUUCUCUUGGAAUGGCUCGACCCCUUAUUGGAGAAGUGGACCGUGGGAUAAAUCGACAUUUAGUGGCAUACCAGAAAUGCAAUCCUCAUACUAUAGCUCGUUCACUCUCCAGCAAGAUCCCAAGCAGGGAACCACUUAUUUCUCUGCCGAUACUGAUAACAACUCUUUUCUUGCUUAUGCCUUCAUUUCACCCGGAGGAAUUCUAGCACUAAUGACAUGGGAUUAUGGAUCCAAUAGUUGGUUGAAAAAUUCUGCAGCACCAAGCAACAGUUGCGAAGUUUAUGGAACUUGCGGUCCUUUUGGCAUCUGCAACUCAAUAAACUCUCCUAUCUGCCAUUGCGUAAAGGGGUUUACGCCACGAUCAAAAGAAGAUUGGAACAGAGGGAUUUGGACUGGGGGGUGCAUUAGAGAAACAGAAUUGAAUUGCCAGAAGAACACAAGCAGGUCGCCUUCAACGCAGGUGAAGAAAGAUGUCUUUGUACACAUGAACCAGAUGAAAGUGCCUGAUUCUGCGGAAUAUUUAUCAGACAUCAGAGAUGUAGGAGGAUGCCAAAGCUGGUGCAUGAAUAAUUGUUCUUGCUUGGCUUAUUCUUAUGUCCGCCCAAUAGGGUGUUUGGUCUGGGCUAAAGAUCUCAUUGAUUUUCAGGAGUUUUCAACAGCAGGGCAAGAUGUAUAUAUUCGGGUCGCACAUGACAAUACAGGCAUGUCGACAGAAGCAAAACUUAUCAUCAGCAUAACUACCAUCCUGGGCAUCAUGUUUGUUGGAACUGCUAUUUUCAGUCUCUGGAAGUGGAGAGCCAGCAAAAGAGGAGAAAUGUCUCUUGGAAAUGCAUGGAAAGAUCAGCUGAAGCAAAAGGACACAUCUGAAUUUACUCUGUUCAGUUUUAGUAGCUUACUUCUUGCAACUAACAACUUUGAUGCAACAAAUAAACUUGGCCAAGGAGGGUUUGGACCUGUUUAUAAGGGAAUGCUGAAUGAUGGAAAGCAGAUAGCUGUCAAAAGACUUUCCAGUAGCUCAGGCCAAGGCAUGGAUGAGUUUAAGAAUGAGAUCGUUCUAAUAUCGAAACUUCAGCAUCGAAAUUUGGUCAGACUCAUGGGCUGCUGCGUCAAAGGAGAAGAAAAGAUUUUAGUAUACGAAUACUUGUCAAACAAAAGCUUAGAUUCCUUUCUGUUUGAUUCACAAAGGAAAGCAGAACUCAACUGGGAUACACGUUUCCGCAUCAUUCAAGGGAUUGCGAGUGGGCUUUUGUAUCUGCAUCGUGAUUCUUACCUUCGAGUUAUCCAUCGAGAUUUGAAGGCAAGCAAUAUUCUCUUGGAUGAGAAAAUGAACCCAAGAAUUUCGGACUUUGGGCUAGCGCGGAUCUUCGAAGGCACUCAAGUUUUGCUAAAUACUCACAAAGUUGUAGGAACACUAGGAUAUAUGUCUCCUGAGUACGUCAUGGGAGGGAUAUUUUCUCAGAAAUCCGAUGUUUAUAGCUUUGGGGUGUUGCUACUUGAGAUCGUUGCUGGCAAGAAGAACACGAGCUUAUACUACCGUGGCCAGCAUUUCAAUUUGCUUUCCUAUGCAUGGCAAUUGUGGAGCGAAGAUAGAGGACCAGACCUAAGGGAUGAAGCUAUAGUUAAUACUUGUCCGCCAUCAGAAGCAAUGAGAUGUAUUCAGGUGGGGCUUCUCUGCGUGCAGGACCAAAUGACGGACCGACCCAACAUGCUAUCCGUAGUUCGGAUGCUGAGCGGUGAGUCAGAUCUUCCUCAGCCGAGACCUCCUACAUUCACCUUCCAAAGGGGAAAUCCAAGUCACGAUAACGAGGCACAAGGGGAAAGUAUUUUCUCCGUGAACACCAUGACGAAUUCUGUGGUCGAAGGAAGAUGAUGGUCGAAAUUCUGAAUUUGUUUUUCCUCACAUAGAUUUUGC